CUGCGGUGGGAGGAGGGUUUCCUCGGCCGGGCCGGGGGAGGUUCAGACUGAAGUUAGGGCCGUGGAGAGAGGAAGAGGGAGCGCUGCCGGAAGCGGCGGAGGCGCUGGGAGCCUGCGGUCCCCCGCGGGCAGCAUGUAGUUAGGUGACAGCGACCGGAGCGCGCCGCCUCCGCCGCAAACGGGCGUCUGCCUCGCCGCUGGCGCGGCGGGCGCUGAGGGAGCCGGUGCAGCGGGUCGGGAGCCUCUCCGGGGAGGCGGAGAGGGGCAGCAGCCGCGCCUCGCCUCCCCUCUCCCCCACUUUCCCCUCUGCCCUCGGCGCCGUCUCUCGGCGCGGCCCUCCCUCCGCCACCCGCCUCUUCGCCGCUGGCCAGGGGGCUGCGGCCGCCGCCGCUACCAUGGGGCUGCCCACGCUGGAGUUCAGCGACUCCUACUUGGACAGUCCGGAUUUCAGGGAGCGCCUGAAGUGUCACGAGAUCGAGCUGGAGAGGACGAACAAGUUCAUCAAGGAGCUGAUUAAGGACGGCAGCCUCCUCAUCGGGGCCCUGCGGAAUUUAUCCAUGGCAGUGCAAAAAUUUUCACAAUCUUUACAAGAUUUCCAGUUUGAGUGUAUUGGAGACGCUGAAACUGAUGAUGAAAUUAAUAUUGCCCAAUCACUGAAAGAGUUUGCUCGGCUCCUGAUUGCUGUUGAAGAGGAGAGGAGACGACUGAUCCAGAAUGCUAAUGAUGUGCUAAUAGCACCGCUGGAGAAGUUUCGUAAAGAGCAAAUAGGAGCAGCAAAAGAUGGGAAGAAGAAGUUUGACAAGGAAAGUGAGAAAUAUUAUUCCAUCCUAGAGAAGCACUUAAAUUUAUCAGCAAAGAAGAAAGAAUCUCAUUUGCAAGAUGCAGAUACACAGAUUGACAGAGAACAUCAAAACUUUUAUGAAGCAUCAUUAGAAUAUGUUUUUAAAAUUCAAGAAGUACAAGAGAAAAAGAAAUUUGAAUUUGUUGAACCUCUCUUGGCCUUUCUUCAAGGAUUAUUUACAUUUUACCACGAAGGAUAUGAACUGGCUCAGGAGUUUGCACCAUACAAGCAGCAGCUGCAAUUCAAUUUGCAGAAUACCCGGAAUAACUUUGAAAGCACAAGGCAGGAAGUGGAGAGACUCAUGCAAAGAAUGAAAUCAGCCAACCAGGAUUACAGGCCACCAAGUCAAUGGACAAUGGAAGGCUAUCUCUAUGUGCAGGAGAAACGACCUCUUGGAUUUACGUGGGUGAAACAUUACUGCAAUUAUGAUAAAGGCACAAAAACAUUUACAAUGAGUAUAGCUGAAACAAAAUCUGGUGGAAAAGUGAAUGGCCUUGUCACAAGCUCACCAGAAAUAUUCAAGCUAAAAUCUUGCAUCAGGAGAAAGACAGAUUCAAUUGACAAACGUUUCUGUUUCGAUAUUGAAGUAUUUGAGAGACCCGGAAUCAUCACACUGCAAGCAUUUUCAGAAUCCAACCGAAAACUUUGGCUUGAAGCUAUGGAUGGAAAGGAACCAAUAUACACACUGCCAGCCAUCAUUAGCAAGAAGGAAGAAAUGUUCUUAAAUGAAGCAGGUUUUAACUUUGUGAGGAAAUGUAUUCACGCUGUAGAAACAAGAGGUAUUACAAUCCUGGGGCUGUACAGAAUAGGUGGUGUAAACUCCAAGGUGCAAAAGCUGAUGAAUACCAUAUUUUCCCCUAAAUCUCCUCCUGAUAUGGAUAUUGAUAUGGAACUUUGGGACAAUAAAACAAUAACAAGCGGACUAAAAAACUACCUCAGGUGUCUUUCAGAACCACUGAUGACUUUCAAGCUGCACAAAGAUUUCAUUGUUGCUGUUAAGUCUGAUGAUCAAAACUACAGAGUUGAGGCAGUGCAUGCGCUCGUGCAUAAGUUACCAGAGAAGAACAGAGAGAUGCUGGACAUCCUUAUCAAGCACUUGGUCAAGGUAUCAUUACACAGUCAGCAAAAUCUAAUGACUGUAUCCAACCUUGGUGUUAUCUUUGGACCAACUCUGAUGAGAGCCCAAGAAGAAACCGUGGCUGCUAUGAUGAACAUUAAGUUUCAGAAUAUCGUCGUUGAAAUUCUGAUAGAGCAUUAUGAAAAGAUAUUUCACACUGCACCAGACCCCAAUAUUCCUCUUCCGCAACCUCAGUCCCGAUCAGGUUCAAGAAGGACAAGAGCAAUUUGUCUCUCUACAGGUUCACGUAAACCCAAAGGAAGAUAUACACCGUGUCUAGCAGAUCCUGACAGUGACUCGUACAGCAGUAGCCCAGACAGCACUCCCAUGGGCAGCAUUGAAUCUCUCUCUUCUCACUCCUCCGAGCAGAACAGCACUACCAAAUGCACGCCCUCGCAGCCCAGGGAGAAAUCAGGAGGGAUUCCAUGGAUUGCCUCUCCCCCUUCUUCUAAUGGCCAGAAGAGUUCAGGCCUCUGGACUACAAGUCCAGAAUCCUCAUCAAAGGAGGAUGCGACCAAAACAGAUGUGGAGUCAGACUGCCAAAGUGUAGCUUCGGUCACUGGACCAGAGAAUGCCUCUCCACCGACAGACCUGACCAAAAAGAGUUCUUACAGUCUGUCUGGGCUGAAAAGGUCUUCAGCAUCUUCCCUUAGAUCAAUUCCAUCAGCUGAAGGGAACAAAAGCUGCAGUGGAUCUAUACAGAGCUUAUCUUCAACAGAUACCAAAGAUACACCAAAGGUUCCACCAAACCCUGAUUUGCCUCCCAAAAUGUGCAGGAGAUUAAGAUUAGAUACUGCGUCAAGUAAUGGCUAUCAAAGACCAGGAUCUGUAGUGGCUGCGAGAGCCCAGUUGUUCGAAAGUGCUGGUUCACUUAAACAAGUUUCUUCAGGACGACAAGCAAAAGCCAUGUAUUCCUGUAAGGCUGAGCAUAGUCAUGAGCUGUCUUUCCCACAGGGGGCAAUAUUUUCCAAUGUGUAUCCGUCAGUGGAACCAGGCUGGUUAAAAGCAACAUACGAAGGCAAAACAGGACUCGUUCCGGAGAAUUAUGUUGUCUUUCUCUAGUAAUCUUUAGUGGACAGCAAUAUCUUCAUGGUAUCCAUGGUAACAAAUAAUAAGCACUGUGAUUUUUAUCUGACACAGAUAUGGGAUCAGCCCCUUAGCUGAGUGGUAGUUUUCCUUCAGAUACUGCAGCUGCAGGUUGCGCAGCUGCCUAUCAACGGAACAGAAUGUAAUGAAACAGUUAACAGUUUCUGUACUGAAGACGGUACUCUGUUUAAAUAACUUCCAUUGUUUGCUAAAGCUUGUUCUGUUCUUCUUUUAUGGGUAAGGAACACUAGAGCAAUAAAAUCAAAAAAGUUGCCAUUUAGCUGCAGACCUUCAGGUCCUAGGAUGUUGCUCACAGAAGUGUGAAAUUUAGAGGCAAUGCACUCUGAUGUUUCUUGCAAUCUAUAUUUUUUAUUAUGGAAAAUUGUAUUUUUUUCAUAAUGUAAGUAAUGCUUCUAUUGGGAUCUGAAUUCUCCCUUAGAAAACUUGAUUCUAAAAUUAGUCCUAAUCAUUUCAAAUAAGAAAUGAGUUUUCCAGAAAUCAGAAGUUUGAACUUCUGUUAGUCAUUGAGAUUAAAAUAUGGUAUAGAAUUUAUGCAACUGAUAAUAAAAUCAGUUUAUACACUGCCUGAGCAGUAAGUGCUCUUCCAAAUGUGAUAUGUUUAAUGAAUGUUUCAUUUAAAUAUUUCUUAGAUUUAUUUCCUCCUUUCUGUAUCAGUAUAAACAAUAUUAACAACUUUUAUGACACCCAUCAUCUGGAAGAUAUCCUCAGUGUAUCUCAGAACAAAAUUUGUAGAAAACAAGGAGAUGCUGAAUCUGGGAUAAUUGGUAGUCAUGUGAAGUGAGCAGUGAAAAACAGCAGUAUGUUUUGAAACUUGAGAUAAAUUGUAACUGAGUCCUUUCCCAGGUUUUUCCAUUGCAAAUAAGACAAAUGGCCUGUGAAGUAGCUAAUUUUAUAAGCUAUGAAUGCUCAAAGCUCCAUGUAGCAACACAAGUAUUUAGUAUUAUUUCUCCUGACUUCUGCUAAACUAUUUGAUAAAUAUUUUUCCCCUUUUCCCAGAACAAAAAAGCGUUAUUUUUCAAAGGUUUUGUAAAGACCCAUUAAUGGCUCCUAGUAGGACUGAAAAAAACCAACAAACCCAAACCCCAAACCCAUAAGCAGCUUUCUAAAUCUGAGCUUCUUUCUCGCACACCUUGAGGGAAAACAUGCACUGCUUGCUUGGCUACUUAUCGUGCCCGAUUGAAAACCAAGAUAUUUAAGCACCAUAAUAUUAAUUCUUCAGCAUUAGUGCUACAGAAAAAAUUUACUGUUUCAUAGACCCAUCAAGGCUUUCUUCAGUAACAGAAAUCAAUAUAUAAAUCUUCUGUUGAUUUCUAAGAUGCAUACUGCUUCCAGAAAGUUUAAGGAAGAACUUCAGUUCUAAAACUGAAAACAUCAUUAAUCUUUUAAUUGCUUCUUUCUUUUUUUCUUCCGUAGCCUUUUUCUUGUUUAAUUUAGAAAAUAAGAUUUAUUGCCAACAUAAAGAAGCACAUCAGAACUUUCUUUACUUGUAUAUAGUGCAUGAUUUCUGCAGAGCAAUUCUGCGCUGGAAUUCAGGCUGGUGGCAAAAGCCUGCAGGAUCCUUCUCCUCACUAAUCAAAGUAUCCAGUGGUGCUCAGGGAAGGAGAGAGGCUGUAAGAGCAUCCUCCCAAAAAUGGUCUGGCUUUUCAGAGGGGCAGUUUGGGUAAGGAUGAUUGCCGGCAGUUGAGGACAGACCCUUUGAAUUGGUGACUGAUCUGCGUUCUUUCUUCAUUCUAAAACAGUUUCAUUAAGUCAAUGAAUUUCUUAUUUUUAAGGGAAGCCAAGUUUUCUUAGUGUAAGCUAUGCCUGAAAGUGCCACUGCCCAGAGAAGAUCAAUGGUUUUGGUUGUGUUUUGCUGUAUUUCACAAUCCCCAAAUUGCAGGCUGUCAGAAGGCUUACCCCUGGUGACCUUGCCGGGAGAAGUGCUGCAGGCAAAAAGGAGCAGCAACGGAGGCAGAGCUUGGAGCAGAGGCUGGAGGUCCAACACAUGUUUCAUGCAGGCAAAGAAAUACAGUGGUCUGGGGAAAAAAAACACCACUUCUUCUCUCUGUUGCACUGGGGUCAGUGGCAAACAGACCUUUGUUGAACAUCCUUUGAUGACCUCUUAUACCUCUCAGGAGGAAUUUAAUUGUUGUGAAAUUCUUGAGGAACGGUGAAAUAGAAAAUGCUCGCUCUAAUUUGCUUUGCUUUAGCCUGAUUUAAAAAGAAGGCGUCGGGGGGGAAGCUAACCUUAGGUAAUCUCAUAGCCUGUGUAUAUGUCUGGGUAUUCUCCCAUACUGUGUUUUGAAACCAGCUGAUCUGUGUGCAAGCUAGAGGACUCAAAGAUGCCAAGUUCAUUAAAAAUUUUGUAAAAAUUCAAAAUUCCGUUACGGAUGAAGUAAGUAGAGUCUGUAAGUGCUGAGGGAAAGGUUGUAGAGAGACCUGGAGGAAUCCCUGUGGAGGAAAGGUGUUCUAUCUAUUCCCGUGCAUUCAUCUCACAUUAGACACAAAAUUGAAUUGCAGAAGACAACUUCAUAAGAAACUGGAUCCCAUUCAUUCUGCUGCUCACAAAACAAAUCUGUAUUUUCCUCUCUAAGACUCUGCACUUCUUCAGGCCCUUCUUCUGAACCAGCCAUGAUGAUUGCAUAAAUAAUUUUAAACUAGCAUAGCUUUAAAAUGGCAUUUCCAUCUGGAAAAGGUCAUGCCCAUUCUUAAUUACAGUUAACCACUCAGUGGGGUGAGUAGGGUUUUUCAUUUUUUUUAAAUAUUUUAUAUUUUUUCUGUUCCUCUCUCCUGCGGUACAUAACAAGCACUUUCUGUAUAACCUCACUGCUGGGUUGUGGACGCCCCAGCUCUUCCCUGACUUUCCAGGAGGGAGUUUAUCUCUACAAGAAGCUGUACAAUGAACUGGAAAGUUGAGUAACUAGGUGUUCAAAGACUGAAAUGGGGGAGAGGGCAGCACCAAAGCUUGUCUAAUGAUGAUACUCUCAGGCCUGACCAAAAAUUCCUUUUGAUAAUUGCAAAGAAUCAGAAAUCCAUAUAACAUUUAAAUGAAGAUAUAAUAUCUUGAUAGUGCCUUACCAGAAAAUUAGGCAAGUUGAACUAAAUUAGUUCAUAGUAUUGACUUACUGUUUUUUAUGAAAGUCAGAAUCACUCUACAAGCAAAGGUUGCGCAAUUUUUUUUAAAUUAUAAUUAUUAUUAUCCUUCCUAAAAGGAUGCAGCUGUUUUUUUCCAAAUAUCACUGUAAAACUCAAGGUAGAUGAUGACACGUUGUGAUUGCUGUUUGUCUUGUGGAAAUAAUGUCUGUACCCACAACUUACGUAAUUAUCCAUGUUUUUCUUUGUUAAACCUUUAGAUACAUGUUGCAGCACAACAUGAAUCAAAUUAAUAGUGUGAAGGACUGAUAUAUUGUAUAAUAAAUAUGUAAAGUAUAUUAAUAUUUUAUAUUCACACUUUUAUUAAUGAUGAUAAAGAUGAAAAAAUAUUUUUGGUGUAAUUCCUAUGAGUUCAGUAUUAAGAUGUCCUUGCCAUAUUUUGGCAUUUAGAUUUCUAUGUAACAAAACUCUUAAAUUAAACCAUAGCUAUUACUUACGUUCCUAACUAAUCUAUAAAGUUCGUUGUUCAAUUAUUUCUGGAAAAAAUGAUGCAUAGAUUUGCUGACCAGCUCUAGUCUAUGAUAGUAAUAGUAACUUAUUUUCCUUUUAUAUAUUUUCUGGUGCUAAUCUCUAUUUUUGCCUGCAAUUGGAUUGAAUUGUAAUGUGCCUUUAGGAAAGACAUGUUAGGAGAGGAAAAGUUGCAAAAUUCAUCAGUUCAAAACAAUAAUUAAAACAACAAAAAAGCAUUAUAUGGCAGUAAUUGGAUUUUUUUUUGUUACAUUUCUCCACUAGUCUAUUUUCUACUUAAUAAGAUUGCAUCAGAAUAGAGAAUGAAACUGAAAAGCAUAUUGUUCUUCGUACUUCUUUUCCUAAGGCAGCAGUUUGUGCCAGUUUGGUUUGAGCAGCAAGAAGAGAAAUCCCAGCAGGGGAGCACAUCCUUCAGACUGGGGUGGAUCUUCUCCACUGAUGGAAACUCUCAAAGCUCUAGUGAAGUCCAAGACAGCCCUUUGGCAAUUUAUAGUGAGGGUUUGCUGGCCAGAAGCCCCCAGAAAGUAAACGGAAUAUUCUGUUAAUGGGGUAAGAUAUAAUACAGCUUGGCAUUAUCCAUUCUUUCAGCAGAGUACCCUAUGGGAAUCAUUCAAUUACCAGAGAUGGAGCUAUCGGCCAAGUUCAAUCUCGUUCUUUGUGGUCACACAGCCCUGACAGCCGCUGUUGCUGUGGCCCUUCCAGUUAUGGCUUGUGCAAAAGUCAGACUGUUGAUCAGGCUGUUUCAGAAGAAGUUGAGAGGUCUCUUUUUUUUGGAUAAGAUUUUGCAUGAGCUUUGGGAGUUUGCUUUGUUUUGUUUAAUAAGGUUCUUGGUAUCCAAACUGCUACUAAUUCAUUGUUGUAAUUCAGUCACUGAAGAUCAUAGCAUUGUUUUUCUUGCCCUCUGUGUGGCAGUAUUUAAUAAGCCAUUGGAUUAUCCUUGUUAUUUUAAGUAUAGGGAAUGGUGCUUCAAGCCUUGGGUGUCUCAGCUGAAAGCUAUUCUGCAUCAGUGCUUUUUGCAGGUGUUUUAUUGGGAAUUUUCAUUAAAGUUCUGGCACUAAAGAUGGCACCAUGAUCUCAGCACUACAAGAGUUUGUUACAGCAAAGGGCAAAGGAGCUGAACAGGGCACAUGCACAAUUUUCAAUCCUAUUUAUGACAGUUUUGGAGGUAUUAGAGUUUAUAGGGAUUACUUUAGAUACUAUAUGGUAUUUUAAUAGGAAAGUAUAUACAAUCAACAACUAUAUAUAUAUUUAAUAAAGUCCUACUAAAUUAUCUUAUUGAACUCUCUGUUUAUUUUGUAGUGUGGUUUCAAUAAUUAUCUGCACUCUGUAUAUAUCUACAUGUAAAUAACUGGUAUGACAUGCAGAAGCUGACUGCAGACAUAAUUCUAUGUUGUACUUUACACUGUAUUUCAAAAAUUUGAAAAAAAAGUUUUUCAAAAUAAAAAGCCUUUC